ACAUCGCACGUCUGACAAGCCCCUAUAACCAGGUAGUGGCCGGCGGAACGAAGUGUCUUCGAUUCUAUUACCACAUGUACGGGGCGACCAUGGGCACUUUCAAUAUCUACGUGUCGAAGGCCGGGGACACCUUUGGUAGUCCCAUUUUUCAGAAGUCUGGGAAUCGGGGAAACAAUUGGAUUAUUGGACAGGUUGAUAUCACACGUGGAGACAUAGAUCCUUUUAAGGUUACGUUUGAGGGAAUUGUUGGGUCCAGCUACACAGGCGACUUAGCAAUUGAUGACGUCACGAUUUCCUCAGGAUAUUGUGCACAAGUGACCGAUGAGUGCGACUUCGAGGAUCCCAACAUCUGCGGAUACUCCCAGGAGACUGGCAGCGACAAUUUUGAUUGGAUAAGAAAGAGUGCAAACACUCCCUCUUUAGGCACAGGCCCGCCCAACGACCACACCCUCGGCACAUCAGCUGGCUAUUACAUGUACAUCGAAACGACAAGCCGAACCCGUGGAGAGGAGGCACGCCUCUGGUCGCCAACUUACCCAGUAGCUGGCGGUCACUGCAUCGAGUUCUACUACCACAUGUACGGCAGUACAAUCGAGACACUCAAUGUGUACAUCGUGGAGACGGGUGAAGAUGUACUUCAGCUUCUCCCAAGUUGGUCUCAGUCCUCGAAUCAGGGAGACCAGUGGUAUAUCGACAGGUUCUUAGCACCCACUGUCAAUGAUUAUCGGGUUGUAUUUGAAGGGGUCGCUGGAUCAAGUUACACGUCUGACAUAGCAAUUGAUGACAUCAGAAUUACAAACGGGUCUUGUCUUUCCCAAGGUGAUUGCGAUUUUGAAGAAGACUAUUGUACAUGGAUAAAUGACGUCACAGUUGACGACUUCGAUUGGAUAAGAAAACAAGGCACAAUCAACGGCACCGGACCCCCGACAGAUCAUACAUUCGGCUCCUCUUUAGGCUAUUAUGUAUACCUUGAUCAGACCAAUCAGACACUUGGUAGAACCGCGCGCAUGAUCAGUUCACACUUCAAUGCGCUGACAGGAACCAGGGGAUGUGUUAGCUUCUGGUAUUAUCUCGAAGGGAAUGACGCUGGUGCCCUCACCGUUGCGCAAGUGAGGAGUGGGUUCCCAUAUGAUGACACUGCAUGGAUGUUAGACUCGACUCAGGGAGCUUCAUGGAAUUACGGACAAGUGUCUGUAGCACGAGAUUACGAUUACAGGAUCGUCUUUAUAGGCGAAGUCGGUGCUUCGACACAAGGAAUAAUUGCAGUUGAUGACAUCCUUGUAACAGACAAUAAUAGCUGUUCAGCUAUACCAAACAGUGCUAUCCCCCAACCAACAUUACGUCCUCCUCCUCCUCAAACUACAGCCCCAGACACAGUUACUUCAGCUACCACAAGACACAUUACACCCGCAGGUACAACUAUUGCACCAGGAGCCACUGUUUCAUGUGGAAGUAUGAGCAUGACCGCCAUUCUCGAUAGAACCCUCUUGGAGAACAACGGGGACGCUCGCGAUGUCCACUUCGAAGACCAGGGUUGCACCGGCUACGACUACAGUGGCUCACAAAUCGCCGUCACCACCAGAUAUGAUGAAUGCAAUACACAGAGCGAGCAAACUGAUGCUGUCAUCAAGUACUCCAAUGUCGUGACGUACUUCAAACCGACCAGUGAAAAUGGUUCGCAGAUCACCCGUGACUUCCGGUUAAAGAUCCCGGUCAUCUGCGAGUUGAAUCGUCGCAGUCUGCUGGGCAAUGACUUCAAGCCCAAAGUUGGCAUCGUCAGUUUUACCGAGGUGGGUUACGGUAGUUUCUCGCUCAUUCUCGGUCGCUACACCGAUGAGCAUUUCACCACGCCGCCACCGGACCUCGACGCCCUGGUGCAUCUAGGUCAAAAGCUAUACUUUGGGGUAAAACUGAAUGCCUCGACCGAUCUGACUCUGUUAAUCGAUCGUUGCUGGGCAACGCCUGAUGUCUACCCGACGAACCCAAUCAAAUAUACCUUCAUUAAAGACGGAUGUGGACUUGAUUCUACCGUUGGAUUCCACGAGGAAGACGCCUCAUUAAAAGGAUUCUCCAUCGAUGCCUUUACUUUCAUUGGUGAAUACCACGAGGUCUUCCUUCACUGUGACAUCUUUGUCUGCGAAGACAAUGAUCCCUCGUCCCGAUGCUCACAGGGAUGUGUGUCCAGGGCAAGACGUGCAGCCGGCGAGGCUCGGGGUUCGAGCUCCCAACCACACACCAUUUCCAACGGUCCAAUGUCUAGUCAACAUGCCAGGUCAAUGGACACAUCGUGGUUGGCUAAUCCAGUCAAUAUGAUGCUGGUGGCGGCCGCUGGAUUCUUCAUUACCAUGGUUGCCAUGGUAACAGUGAGAGAGUUGAGAUCACGCGGCAAACCAUCCAAAGGAUACAACCGUCUGGAGGCAGAAGGUGAAAAUGAAGCUUAAGAAAUGGGAAGAAUUUUGAAGAAGAAGGAGCAAGGAAAAGAUCGUCAGCAAUAGAGUGAUACGAAGAAUGAUACGAAAUUCCCCUGUUGUCUCCCAGCUCGCCUGUUCUUUUAAACAUGCUUAUCAUUCAGCUUACAUGCAUUUUAUUUCAAAAAGGGCAAAUUGUGAAUUGAUUUUUAAUUUCAGUAGCAGAUUUUAGACGCGCUUCUCGCUUUUUACGAUUACUUCUUUUUAAAAUUUUAUCUAAUUCUCUACUUCAUUACCCUGAUGCUAUUUGUUGUUGCUUUUUGUUUCGAGUGUAUCAGUUGUUUGGACUCUCUUUAAAAUUGCCGUAUUAUUUUUCCGGGGAGAUUACGUAUAAACCAUAUUUUCCCGCCCAAUACUCUACGUUAAAUAGCGUAAACUUUCAGGAAGACCACAAAGACAAAUAUGCUACUGUAUACAGCCUGUAAAACGUUGCGCAUCAAGUUUCCAGAAAUAUUUUCCAUAUUUUU